UGUAAACAUAGUCCACCGUCUCGGCGAGUUCUUGUGUACUUCAGUGUUUUCGAGUGGUCUGUUGUGAUCCUACACGGCCCUUGCGUGGAGCUGUACAGAGCUCAGAAGUGGUCAGAAGUGGACCCUGGGUCCACAGCAGUACGACGGUUCUCGCUGGGCGAAGGGAGCGUUAGCGCUUCUGUUGGAGUAGCACAAAUAGACUUCAAAGGUGAAGGGAGUUUCUAACGUUCGGAAGACGUCCAAGUGGAGAAAAUGGCGGAGGCGGCAGAUGUGCAGUCUACGGUGUCGCCAAAUCAUCUAAGAAAUCCUCACAUGGAAGAACUCAGAGAAAGAAUCAAGCAGCUGCACGAGGAGACCCUGGAACAACUGGAGCUGAAGCUGGAGCAGCUGCUGGAGACAGCACUGGUGGCGGCGGACGGCCCGCCCCCGACUCCAAGGCUUCACCACCCCAACUUGCUGUACGACAGCGCAAAGUACCGCAACAGGGAUAAGCCUGCCAGAGAUGGUUCGCUGCCACAGAAACAGUUCCUGGCCCGAGAGUCGGUGCUCACAGAGAUGCUCAAGGUACGGCACUUCCGCACCGUCUACAACAUCUUCAUCGCUACGCUGCUCAUGCUCUUCCUGCAAACAGCGGUCUACGACUUUGUCAUCGAAGGGCGAGUGAAGCUUGGCCUGUCGCUGGUGUGGUGGAACUUCUCCGGGUACCCCACGGUAAUCACCACGUGGCUCUGCAUGCAGGCCGCCACCUGCUGCCUGUACGCCGUCUUCGGCCGCUGGUCUGCGUUACGGGUCGCUCUGCCUACUAAAGGGUAUGGGCGACGCGUUCUGGACCUUGGUGGCCUGGUGUCCCUGCUGUGGUUCCAGAUGCAGUUCUUAGUGCUGCCGGCGCGAAUCCUGUAUGCCAACAGGCUGCCACCUGUAUCUGCUAUGAUCAUUCUUGGCGAACAGGUAAGGAUGCUGAUGAAGACGCAUGCGUUCAUUCGCAGCAACGUCCCGCAUGUUCUGGCGUACAAGCCACAUACAGAGAGAAGUUCCAGGCUGGUUCCGGAAUUCAGCAAAUUUCUGUACUUCAUGUUCGUGCCUACACUGUUAUACAGGGAUUCGUAUCCAAGGACGAAAGAAAUCCGCUGGAAGGUGGUAGCCUGGCACUUGGCCGAGGUGUGCGCCGUCAUUCUGUUCGUCAGCAUCACCUUCGAGCGCAGCCUGCUGCCUCUGUUCGUGGACUUCGGGAAGCACCCUCCAUGUCCCCGGUCGCUGAUCGCCGCCAUUUUUGGAAGUAUGGUGCCGUCCCUUGCUGUAUUUCUUAGCUGCUUCUACUGUGUACUGCAUGCGUGGCAAAACGCAUUUGCUGAGAUGAUGUGUUUUGCUGAUCGCAUGUUUUACAAGGACUGGUGGAACGCGCGGUCGCACGCGACUUACUACCGCACGUGGAACGUGAUCGUGCACGACUGGCUGUACGAGCACGUGUACCGUGACGUGAGCCGUCUGCUGGGGCCCGGCCGGCGCACCCAGCCGCUGCUCGCCGUGUUCCUGCUGUCCGCCGCCGUCCACGAGUACAUCGUCACCUACACGUUCGGCUUCUUCUACCCCACGCUCUUCGUUGCGUUCGGCAUCUGUUCAGUGGGUCUGGUGUUCGUGACGCACGACCAGCUGAUGGGGCGGUAACGUGAUGCUGUGGCUGCAGCUGAUGGUGGGCACCGGCCUGCUGGUCAGCGCUCACCUCAUGGAGUGGGAGGCCCGGCAGCGCUGCCCUCCCGCCGUCGAUUCAUCUUGGGAUUUCUACGUUCCCCGGUCAUGGUUCUGCUUUUCUUCAUUGGAGGGCAUCUGAGCUGUCAAGAACUAACACAAUGGCG